AAGUCCACGUCACACCCUCCAACUAGACAACCAGAACUAAAUAUUCCGUUUCUUCAACUUCAUACACGUAUAUAUAUAGCAUAUACCGUUUUGGGCCCUGAAAAAGUGAACAACAACACAUACUUUCUCAGUUUCUCUUAACAAACUUUUAGAACUUAGAGAGGCAGCAAAAUCAAAAUGGUUUCUUGGGUUAGAGGCAAGUGCGUAGGCAGAGGUUCGUUUGGUACUGUGAAUAUAGCCGUCGACAGAUUAAACGGCCACGUUUUUGCGGUGAAGUCAGUUGAUCGGAACGCCUGUCAUCCGACUCAAAUCGACAGUUUAGAGAACGAAAUCAGAAUUCUUCGUUCACUUUCUUCCCCUUACGUUGUCAAGUAUCUCGGUGACGACGUAUCAUACGAGUCUCCAACGACGUCGUUCAGAAACCUCCACUUGGAGUACUUACCCUGUGGCACAGUUGCUGCUGCUGACGUGGCGACCUACGUGGACGAGAAGAUUUUACGGUCACACGCCUACUGUAUAGUCUCCGCGUUGAGGUACUUGCAUUCUCGGAACAUCGUUCACUGUGAUGUUAAAGGAAAGAACAUUCUCGUUGGUCCGAUUUCAAGUUCGUGUAAACUCGCCGAUUUCGGCUCUUCCAAGGAGAUUGACAACUCUGGUGGUCUCGUUUUGCCACGUGGAAGUCCACUGUGGAUGGCGCCGGAGGUGGUUCGAGGAGAGUACCAGGGACCGGAGAGUGAUGUCUGGUCUCUGGGCUGCACAAUUAUCGAGAUGGUAACUGGAAGGCCAGCGUGGGAGGAUUUCGGUGCCGAUACUCUGACUCGAAUCGGGUUCUCUAAGGAGUUGCCGGUUUUUCCGGUUCAGAUAUCGGAAUUGGGUCGUGAUUUCGUUGAGAAGUGCUUAAGAAGGGAGCCAAGUGAGCGGUGGAGCUGUAAUCAGCUCUUACAGCAUCCGUUUUUACUAUCUGUAAAUAAUACAAUCACAGUCACUGAGUCAUCUCCGCGUUGCGUGCUCGAUUGGGUCAACUCGGAGUUCCAAGAAGACGAAGACGAUUCGUAUUGUGAGAAUUUCGAAAGUUCAGCCAGGGAAAGGAUCGGUAAAUUGGCUAGUUCAUCAGGGGCAAACUGGGAAUCAGACGGUUGGGUGGCGGCAAGAGAUUACGAGGAAGAAGAGGUAAACGAGGGAACAAGGAGGGAAUAUUCGAAUGUUAUGAACACUGAAGCAGGGACAAGUUCGGUAUUUGACAAAGGGGCAAACUCGAAAAUUGAAAAUAUUGGUGGUUCUGAGUUUGGGUGCGGUGGUGGAUGUCCGAGCUGUCAUAGCGAGUGGCAAAAAGUUGAAUUAGCGGUGGAGAGUCCGGAGACGGGCAUAUACAGAAUGUGUAAUUUAUUAUUAUUAUGCUUCAACUGUUUGAGAAUAUUCAGAUAUAUUUUAUUGAUAUUAUAUAUUUUUAUUUUUUAUAUUCUUUAUACAUGUGAAUGGAAUGGAACCAAUUCAAUUUCGUGUUUACAGCGUUGUUCUUGCCUUACAAGGGAUUGAACCGUGUUGUUUUUCAAUUGCUUAAUUCCGAAGAGUUUAUACGAAGAAUCUGGAAUUGGCACCUUUAAGAUGUAACCCCAAUGAAAUUGAAGAUGGAAUUGCACAUGAUUC